UCACGCCAUGGUCCGUCUUCUCGCCCUCGCGUCGCUGCUCGUGGUCGCCGUCGUGAGCCUUUCGCCCGCUGCCGCCAUCCCCGACCCCAUGGCGGUCGCCGCCAAAGCCACCAACGUCGCCAUGGACACGUCCAGCGGAGCCGCUGACGUCGUGAAGGCAGCCGCCAAGCUCAACACCAGCGACACCAGCCAGCUCAAGCCCCCGCCGAAGCUCCUCAUCUAAGUCCCUCAGUUAUCGGAGACUUUCGCGCAGACGGACUUCACGGACCCCAUCCCACCCCAGACCGAGCGACGUACUGUACUGUACUGCGCGAGCCUCGGUAUGUGAUUCUUUUUGUGUCUUAAGUAGAGAUUUAAGCGACCGCUAAUGCAUGUCCGAAAACACGUC